CUGGCGAAUUACUUGGAGCGCAGUUUGUUCCCGCUGCGUCUGCUGUGCUACACACAGUACGAAUUGCUGACAGUGCCGAGUGGCAGCAGCGUGGACUCCGACUCAUGUCUGCGACGCUUCUUCCCAUUCUCGAAGGCAAAAAAUUCGCAGAUAAAAAAGUGCUUGCAUAGGGAGCCGACUCGGCUCUUGAUCGGCCCUAAAAUUGAGCGGUAUCAUCGAAAAAUUAGUGUGGUUCGCAGUGCGCCAACUUCACUCGACUAUCGUGAUUAUAUACGGGAAACGUGGAAAACGGACAUGGAACCGGAUAUCCCGGUUAUUUUCGUUCUUGGUACCGGAACCUAUGAUCCUGCACAUGAAGCACAAACAUACCAGGAUAUAAUGCAAUUUGAUUUCGUCGACUCGUACUUUAAUCUCACACUAAAAAUGACCUCGGUGUAUAGAUAUCUGCUCAGCGAAUUUCCGGAAUUGACGGAAAUCAUAGUUAUCAAUGAUGAUGCUAUUGUCAAUGCUACAGCACUCAGAAGGGUUAGUACUUUUUCCGCUUAUCCAGUUUCCUAG